AUGAAGGGACUAGCCAGGUUGUUGGCCAUCUCUAGCACUCUCGCUAGAGCUGCUAAUGCCAAAGCAGUAUUUGCUCAUUACAUGGUCGGAACUGUAACCCAGGAGCACGCGCAUAAAGACAUCGACAAUGCCAAGUCUAUGGGCCUAGACGGCUUCGCCUUGAACAUUGGUGACGCUACUCGCGACUAUGUCUCCCAAGCUCUCAGCUACCUUUUCCCAUAUGCCGAGUCUGUCGGUUUCAAGCUGUACAUCUCCAUGGAUGUCUACGCCUCUGGUGAUGCCUGCUACCAUGGUGGGAAGUCGUGCCAUGGCCCAUCUGACUACCAGUGGGUUUGGGACUCGUAUAAAGGAAGUUCAGCGUACUAUCAGAUCAAAGGCCGUCCUCUCAUCAGCACAUUCUCUUCUGGGGGUUUCCACAACGAUACAUGGAUCAACUGGAAGAAAGGACUCGCAAAUGACAUGUUCUUCAUGCCCGACUUUGACGAAACUGACGGAUACUAUGAUUCAGUUGAUGCGUGGUGGUCAUACUGGGGCCCCAUUGUCGACGGCAUCUUCAGUUGGGAGUCUGCCUGGCCAGAACGCAAAGGCUUUGGCGGUAAGUAUGCAGGAGACGUAUCGAUCGAUGUUCCUGUUCUUGCUGGUGCUCACAAACACGACAAGCUGUACAUGAUGGGUCUUAGUCCACUACAGUACAAGAAUGCUUAUGGAGCGCAUGUUUAUCGACAAGGAGACCUGAACCUACCGAAGCGUAUGGUCAACAUCCUUAACAUGGAUCCCCAGCCCGACUAUGUUCAAUUUCAGACAUGGAAUGAUGGCCCCGAAGCUCAUUACAUCGGAAACCUCUGGGCUGAGCAGAAUAAUGACACCCAACCGUACUUCUAUGCCAACCAGGAGACUUGGGAUCAUACAGGCUGGCAACCUCUUGUCUCGUCUUUCGUCAACGCUUACAAGACUGGUCAGUCAGCCUCCCAGAUGACACCAAUGAACGGGGAUGUUCUGGUCGGUGCUGCGUGGUAUCGAACUGAGCUUUCGGAUGUGAAAUGUCCGUAUGAGGGCAACGAUGCCUACUACAACAAACCCGACGGAUGGGAUGAUGAUGUCAACUAUCUCUACUACGCUAUCAUCCUCAAUCCCUCCCCCUCUGGUAUGAACUACGGUUAUGGCGCUGGAGAGGUUCAAACCGGCGCUCAACGGAUCACAGUCAAGGACCCCAGUGGCAAUGUCAUUUAUUCAGCGACCGGUGGAAUGUGUGUUAGCGAUGGCUGUCCCAACUACAUUUACAAUGGAAACUACCAGGUUCUGCCGUUCAAGAAGGGUAACGCCGAUCCCGUUUGCACUCAAUGGCCUGGUAUGGAUCACAGCGCUUGCGACUACGGCACUUGUCAUGCCAGUGGUGACGGCGGUAACAACGCAGCGGGCAAUGACUUCACUCAUGUUACUUGUACUAACCCUGGAGUUACUGAUGCAUCCAAAGAUGCAAAGUUUCGUUGGGACUCUGUGUAUGUAGACCAGGCAUGGAAUUGGGGUGUUGAUCAGUGGAAUGCUAAUCCGUUCCCUGGCGGCUUAAACUUUACAGAGCAGUUCAGCAACCUCUUCCACGGUCCAGAGGGUAUUGACUGCGGUACCAUCGAGAACGACAACCCCUGCGGCUCUAAUGUCGUGCAAUGUAACGACGUCACGUACCCGGGAGCCUACUUUGCCAUUAACUCCAUGGAGUCUAUCUACCGCGUUCACUUCAACUUUUGGGACGCACUCGAUAGGGCUCAGAACGACAUCAAUGCUCAAGUUGGAGAGCUCUCCAGCACCUUCGCGCCCAUCAAGUCAAGCGAUUUCUCAGUCAAGCUCCUUCUUGACAUUAUUGUUCUGAAAGGUAUGCCUUACUUCAAGGCCAAUCCCAACACAUUGGCUACUGUCAAGGAUUGGGUGAACCCGAUGGUAACAAACAGUAUUACUAUUGCGAAAGACACCCUGAAAGAUGACAGCGCCCUAAGUGCCGAGAACUCCAUCUCAACUAGGCUCAACGCCAUUGUUACAGUUUGGCAAGCUGAGAUCGUCUCUAUGAACGAGCAGCUUUUCAACGGUUCCAAGGAAAAUACUGAUCUACUCUUCACCGCUAUUACUGACGGCCAGAUGCUCGAAACGAAGCAUCAAGAUCUUGGUGUCGAUGCGAUUCAAGCACUUGUCUCAAAGGCGCUCUUCGCGGAACUGGUCCCUCUCGCUUGGCAGCUGUCAUCUUCCGAGCUUGGCCCAGUUGUCAUCGACUCCGAGCAAGGCUGCGGAGACAAGCCUAAUGUGAAGCAUAUGAGCUCCAAGAACUACGUUUCAUCUGGUGUCUGUGUUGGUUCUACGAUGUACUACUUGAUCGGAUGUACAGGCGAAGCUCGAACCUGCGACGAGUCCCAUGGAAGCUUCAAUCCUGGAUGUACCGACAAUUUCUUCAGUAGUCUGCCAGGACUCGCUGAUCUGACCGGAUCAGAAACAGCGUUUGGUGGUUUGACCAAGGAAGAUAUUGUCAACGGAGCCGUGAACAGCUUUGUUGGUAAUGGGAAUGCCAAUGGCUGGUCAAUGCUUGAUCCUUCCAACACAGUUGACGGUAUGGAUCUAGUCUCCGAGUACAACGUCACAGCCCCAGGAGUUGUUAUGUUGCCAGUCUGCACCGCAUCCGAGGCCUUUUCGAAUUGGUUCUCCUUCACUAAUGGAAAAUCCAAGUCGGCCAACUACCCAUGCAGUUGA